AUGAAGAGGAGGAGAAGGAGGAUGAUGAUGGAUGCAGAAGUGGAGGAACAUGAUCAUGAUGAGAAGAAUGGGAAGAGAAUGCUAAGGAUGAAGAUGAGUCGUCUCAGUAAAGCAGACUCGUCCUCCUGGUUACAGGGAAGCGUCGAAGAUGACGAGGACGACGACGAAGACUUCAUCGUGGUGGAACUGCAGAAUGAGGCUGAAGAGAAGCUGGAAGACGAGUGGGGCGUCUGGGACGCACCCCGUCUGAUCGGACUCGAUGGAGUCGACAUCGUGUCUGAGCACAGCAAAGUGCUGAGCGCCACACAGAUACAACAGCUCUCUCAAGAGCUUCCUGCUAGUUUGCAGCUGCGUGAGUGGAUGUUAGCGUAUCGCACUCAGAAUCACGGCAGCAGUUUGAGGACACUGUACAGAAACACCAACCAGCUGGACACCUGCAUGAUCGUCCUCGUUAAAGACACUUACGGACAGGUAUUUGGUGCUGUUUGCUCCGCCCCUCUCAGAGUUGGCCCCGCCUACUACGGCACAGGACAGACUUUUCUCUUCUCGUUUUCUCCACAUCUACAGAACUCUGUAAAUCCAAUGACAUCCUCAUAA